GGCAGUGCUUCUGGGAGGUGCAGAGUACUUCCUUACACAACAGCUGCUCAUAACUCUUGCUCAGCUCUUCCAUUCCCAAUGUAACUCUCAGUUUGGGAUUAUAUCCCCAUCACUCCACAUCUCCAUGUUUGAUUUCUUCCCAUCCCCAGAGAACAGACUCUGAGCUGUGUGGAAUGGGGUCCCGAGGCUGCUGAGAGAGAGCCCUUCUGCUUCCUGUUCAUCCUGGGAGGGUCCCACCUSCGGAGGAGGCGGCUGCAGGGAGACAGUUCCCUUUGGGAUACAGUUUGGGACCAGGCUCACGCUCUGGGGUUUAGGCCAGAGUUUUACUCCGAGGAGCAAGACCAGCACCAGGGGGGAGUAAUGGAGCGCCUGGCAUCCUUCAGCAGUGACCCUUUUGAUAAACCCCCAUGUCGAGGCUGCUCAUCAUACCUGACAGAACCCUAUGUGAARUGUGCUGAGUGUGGACCCCCUCCCUUCCUGCUGUGCCUGCAGUGUUUCACCCGAGGAUUUGAAUACAAGAAACAUCAAAGUGAUCACACCUAUGAGAUAAUGACAUCCGAUUUCCCUGUCCUGGAUCCCAACUGGACAGCUCAGGAGGAAAUGUCUCUCCUGGAAGCUGUGAUGGACUGUGGAUUUGGGAACUGGCAGGACGUGGCCAACCAGAUGUGCACCAAAUCCAAGGAGGAGUGUGAGAAGCACUACAUGAAACACUUCAUCAACAACCCCCUGUUUGCAUCCACCCUGCUGAACCUGAAGCAGGCAGAGGAGGCUCAGCACAACGAGACAGCCAUUCCUUUCCACUCUGCUGAUGAUCCCCCACGGCCCACCUUUGAUUCCCUGCUCUCCAGGGACAUGGCUGGGUACAUGCCAGCCAGAGCUGACUUUGUUGAGGAGUUUGACAACUAUGCUGAGUGGGAUUUGAGAGAUAUUGAUUUUGUAGAAGAUGAUUCAGACAUUUUGCACGCUCUGAAGAUUGCAGUUGUAGAUAUCUAUCAUUCCAGGUUAAAGGAAAGGCAGAGACGGAAAAAAAUUAUAAGAGAUCAUGGCCUGAUCAACCUCAGAAAAUUUCAGAUUCUGGAAAGGCGUUACCCCAAGGAAGUUCAGGAGCUCUACGAGACCAUGAGAAGGUUUGCYCGGAUCCUGGGGCCCGUGGAGCACGACAAGUUCAUCGAGAGCCACGCUCUGGAAUUUGAGCUGCGCAGGGAAAUAAAGAGACUCCAGGAAUACAGAGCAGCAGGAAUCACCAAUUUCUGCAGUGCCCGGACCUACGACCACCUGAAGAAGAGCCGGGACGAGGAGCGGCUGAAGCGCACGAUGCUCUCCGAGGUGCUGCAGUACAUCCAGGACAGCAGCGCCUGCCAGCAGUGGCUCAGCCGCCAGGCAGACAUUGAUUCUGGCCUGACUCCCACGGUACCAGUUCCUUCAACCACAGGCAGACGGAGCGCCCCACCACUGAACCUCACAGGCCUGCCAGGCACGGAGAAACUCAACGAGAAGGAGAAGGAGCUCUGUCAGAUGGUGAGGCUGGUCCCUGGAGCCUAUUUGGAAUAUAAAGCUGCUUUAGUGAACGAGUGCAACAAACAGGGAGGCCUGAGACUGGCGCAGGCUCGAGCCCUCAUCAAGAUCGAUGUGAACAAAACCAGGAAAAUCUAUGACUUCCUGAUCAGAGAAGGGUACAUCACAAAGGCCUGAGGACAGGCAGCAGUGCUUGGCUGGAGCAGGCAGAUGUGGAGAAGCUUUGAAGUCACUUUGACAGCGCUGAAAGAUUUUACCAGUGUUGAAUGAAGGACAUUUCCUUUUGUUUAAAACCUUUCGGGGCUUUUUUUCUUUUUUUUUUUUUUUUUUUUUUUUAUUUUUUGUAAAAACAAGUAGGGAGCUUUGUUAAAUUGUAUGAAUGCUGACAUUUGUCUGGGUUCCUUUUGACUCUGCUGUUGUCAGAAUUCCGCUGCCUCGGAGCGCUGGCAAGGAUCACAUGCCAUAUAAGCUAAUCUUAAACGUGAAUGGGCAUUCAUUCCUCACACCUCCUGUGACUACAGAGAGGAUCACGGUACUUUUAUGCUGAUGGUGACAUMGAAUGAGGACAGAGUCACACUUUGUGCAGUACAGGGUCUAGAAAUGCAGUCCCUCCCUCCUCGUGUUCCUUCCUAAAUAGCAGCAGCUUUCAGAGGUGACAGCACGUGCCCAAGGGGCAAAAAUAGAGCUUGCAGUGGUCCAGUCUUUUUAAUUUAAUUGUGAUAAAGGAUGGGAAAGGACAUGGCAGGGAAGCUCCUCAACAGUUGUUACUUUUAUGUGGUAUUAGCACAUAUCCCAGCAGGAGGGCUCUGCACAAACCAAGGAGCUUCAGCUGCUCCCCCUGUGAUUUAGGAUUGUCAGGUUAUAUAUAAUCCCACGGUUUCAGUCUCCUGCUCGUUGGGAAGGCUGGAAGAUACAGCCACUGCAGCCUUUGGGAACAGGAAUAAAAAGGUUCUGGGGACCCUGAUGUUCUUCACAAAAAAAGAGUGAAGAGCACAAAGCUCCUUUUUGUGGGGUUUUACUCCUCAGCAUUACCAAGAAACAAUGAGGAGGUGCCACAAGUUACUACUUAACACACAACCCCCAUCACAGCAGCUGAUCCCUGAGCUUCAGCACCAAACRUUUGGGUUUGGCAAUCAGUUGGAUGAUGAUGGUUUUCUGCAGUAAAUUGUUUGUCAGCUUUCUGCUAAGGUGUAAUGUUGGAAUAAUGUCCUGUAGGACAGCCAAAGCAGGUGGGGUGUUGGAUGCUCCCAAGUUUGGGAUCUUAUGGAAAAGCCUAACUAAGCCACAGCUGCAUUAAUUGUUAUCUGAGGUGUUUAGGUUUGGGUUGUUGUUCGUUCCCCAAGAGUAAUUAUCCUGUGGACCUGAGGUGCCAUUGAAUGUGAAGUAUUUUGGUUUUUAAUAAAAUCAGAAUGACUUGAAACAA